AUGAACCGCCUAUUUGGUGCAAAGAGCUCAGCUCCUAAGCCAAAUUUGACGGGCGCAAUAAAAAAUGUCGACGAGCGAGUAGAAUCCAUCGACGUAAAAUUGGCAGCCAUAAAUGCUGAAUUACAAGGUUAUCAAGCCAAACUGGCAAAGAUGCGCGACGGACCGGGAAAGACAGCUAUCAAACAAAAGGCACUUAAAGUACUUCAACGUCGGAAAAUGUACGAGGGUCAGCGCGACCAGCUACAGCAGCAAUCCUGGAAUAUGGAGCAAGCUGGAAUGAUGCAGGAUAACUUGAAGAACGUCAUGACGACUGUAGAUGCGAUGAAGCAGACCAAUAAAUCGCUGAAACAGCAAUAUGGAAAGAUUAAUAUUGACAAAAUCGAGCGCAUGCAGGACGAGAUGGCUGAUUUGAUGGAUAUUGGAAAUGAUAUACAGGAGAGCAUCAGCAGGAGUUAUGACAUCCCAGAUGAUGUAGAUGAGGCGGAAUUAGAUGCCGAGUUGGAGGCACUUGGCGAUGAGGUCGAAUUCGAGGGUAUGGGUGCGGAGUCUACGCCAAGUUUCAUGGUUGACGAAGUUCCUCAAUUCAUUGACGAACCUCCGCAGACGACCGGUCAGGUAAAGGAAGCCGCAGGAUAA